AUGUCGAGUAUUGUUAAUUCAUUAAUUGAAAAACUUGUACAACAUUUAACAAGUACAGUGCCGGGAUCAGAAAAUUAUAAAAAAUUUGUAAAUAAUGUUCAUUCAACCUUCAAAUACGGUAAAUUUGGAAGUGCAGGUCACAAAGAUAUAUCACGAAGUUACGAAGGUUUGAUAGAAAAAUUUCGAUUACACGCACAAGAUGAUAAAGCCGAUUAUUUAGAAAAAAUGUUUACUACGUACAUAAAUCGCCCAGUUCAUAAAGGUUCGAUUCCCAUUCACACGCGUUAUGAUAUUUUGAAUCUUAUAUUAAACUUGUCAGAAUCACCUCUUCGAAUCCCAUUUAAUCCUUCUCUUUCGAAACCAAAGUUAAAAACUCAAUUAAAUGUUGAAGAUAUAUUUCGCGAAGAACCACUAAAAGGUCCACAUUGGGAAAUAAAAUCUAAUUAUGUUGAUGAUGAUGAUGACGAUGAUGAUUGGGGAAAUUUUGAUGUACAAGCAUGGAUUAGAGAGAGAUUGGGUGAUCGAGCUGUUAACUUACAAAACUCUCGAAGAUCUUCAAUACAAAAGAAUGUAUCAAAUUCUGAACACCAAAAUGAAAAAGAUGAAGUGUUAGAGUUUGAUAUAAACUACGAUAUUAUUCAAGAAAUAGAAUCGAAACAAUAUUGGAGAAAUGAUUUUCAUAGUAAUCCCGAAAUAUUUGAGACCGAGUUUAGUUUUAACGAUGCUUGUACCUUAGCUCCCGUACUCGCUAAACAUCAUAGUCAAGAUGAACGUUAUCUAUUUUAUGAUCCAACUCGGGCAAAGUAUAUAACUGAGCUCGAUGCAAUACGUGAAGUAUUGUUCAUGUUAUCGGGUAGGCCAAGUUAUUUGUUUCUUCAGUUAGAGAAUGGAAAAUUUCAGGUUAAAAGUAACAUAAUGUUGAUGCAUUUAACUGAAAGUGGAUUCAGAGCUAUCUUGGAGUUUUUUUGUGAUUAUGGAAGUAAAUUAGUCAAACUAAGAACAAUUGCUUCAAAAAUAUGUAGAGAAUCUUGUGCUUUAUAUGGACAAACAGCGCAAGCAUUUGCUGCUUCCAUUUUGAAAAUGGUCUGGAAGUUUGACAAAUUGUUAGCGGAUCUUGAACUAGAGUAUCAAGUUGAUCGCGCAAAAUCUCAAGAUCAGGUUACAUAUAUUUCUCUUUUGCAUCUAAGAAGCAAACUUAUGAGCCGACUUUACGAGUUUACUGUUAUAUAUAAUCUUGUUGAGAAAUCUAUUUUAAACGAUAUACCGGAACUUUAUUAUCAAGAAAAUACUUUUAAGCAAUCCAAGAAUACAUCAGCAACACCGUCAAAAAUUGCUCAUGAUAUUCUUUCGGGAUUAUAUGAAGAGACUUCUACACAUCAAACUGUUGGAAAUAAUUCAAUUUUCAUAAUGCUUGGAAAACAUCUCGAUAAUUCAUUUGCGCCAUUUGUUCGUAUGAUGAAUGAUUGGAUGUGUACGGGAACAUGUCAUGAUCCUGCAGAUGAGUUUUUCGUGGUCAGAACACCGAACAUUAAUAAAAAUUCGUCACAGUAUUGGCAGUAUAUGUAUAAGAUUCGAGAAGAUUUGUUACCAGUUUUCUUGGAACCUUUUGCAAGGCGCAUAUUGUUUUCCGGUAAAGCAAGAAAUUUGCUAAUGUCUUUAAAACUUAAAGAGGAAGAAAAAUUGCACAAAAUGACUUUUCAAUAUAAUCCAGAGGAAUUUGAAUUUGAUAUUGAAUCCUUAUUGUUAUUUGAUUUGAAUAACUUAAGGAAAUCAGAAGAGCUUGAUUUGUUAAACAAUCCCCUUGAAGAAGAUUUUAUACAUGACGAGAUGGUUCACAUGGAGAAAUAUGUUGAACAUAAAAGUAGUGAUAAGAACGACAACAUUAUUGAAACUGAGCAUGUGGUCGAGAAUUCUGAACAAGAACAUAAAGAUGAUAAUGAGAUUAUGAAGGAUGAGAAUGAAUACGUUAAUCUACCUGAGAUAGAUAAUCUUACCGAUUUAAAUGUCAUUAUUGAAACGUAUCCAAAGACAAUUUCAGCUCUUUUUCCACUUUGGAAUAAAUCUCAAGUGCAAACUGAACAACAUGAACAAAUCGAUGAGGGGAAUCAACAUGUAAAUAUAGAUCCAAUGAUAAAAAUUUAUCCUCUCAGUGAGCGAUUCAGGGAAAAGUUUGAGGAAUAUCUUCAUCCAAGGUAUAUGCGAAUAGGACAACAAGUUUAUGAUGCUUUAGUUAAACAGUGUCAUUUUUGGAGACAUUUAAGAGCACUUGCAGGAAUUUAUUUUAUGCAACAAGGAGAAACAAUGCAUCGAUUAAGUGAUGUGCUAUUUGAUAGAAUAGAUAAGAAACAGAUGUGGUAUGAUUCCUAUGUCUUGAACGAAGUAGUUUUAAACACUAUCGAGGACUUUAAAUGGUUAGAUAAGAAUUCGGUCAGCGUCUGGGUAGAUGACGAAGCAGGUAAAAAGCCAAAUACAAAAACAGUUAGAGUAUUCGAAAAAAUUGUUUUUGAAUAUCGACUACCUUGGCCACUUAAUAAUAUUAUUCAUGGUAAUACAUUAGAAAUGUACAAACGAAUAUUUAUAUUUUUGUUGCAAGUCAAGCGAUCAAAAUAUCUUUUAGAAAGGUUAUCUUUUUCUCGAAAUCAAGAUAAUUCUACAGCCAUGAUACUUUUUUAUGGCGUAAGGAUGAAGUUAAUAUGGUUCCUAAAUGCAAUAUGGGAUUAUGCUAUGAGGACUAUACUACUAUCGGAAACAGAAAUCUUUUAUAAGAAGCUUGAACAGGUUUUUGAUAUUGAUGAAAUGAUUUCCUUACAUGGAGACUAUAUUUUCACUGUUCAUGAUAGGUGUUUGUUAAAUAAAAAUGCGAUUUCGAUUCACAAUUCUAUAUUGGAUGUCCUGGAACUAACAAUACAAUUUAGUACACUUUAUACAAGAUAUCGUGGUGAGAAUGUUUCAUUUUAUGAUCAUUCUCGGUACGAUAGACAAAGAAGGUUUAAGGAUGAUAGUUCGGAUUCAGAAUCCGACUCACUAUCGAUUGAUGAUGAUGAUGAUCAAUUGGAUGGAGGAGAAAAUGUAUCCGAAUAUAUUGUGCCAGCUCAAGUAGACUAUGAUGAUUUUCUUAGCGGAUUAAGUAGGAUUGAUAAUGAAUUUAAUAGGCAUAAAGAUUUUAUUGGUAAUUCAAUACAAGCAAUUGCUAGAAUAGGAGGGUUUUGGUGGUUUGAUGCUUUGGCAUUGGCGUUAGGCUGA